AUGGGGCGGCUCUACGACCUAACCGGAGAGCAGGUCGUAACAAAAGAUCAGCAUACAGCUAGUACUCUUCAUCACGGCACCUAUGACACGCAAUCAAUGGAUUCAGAUGAACAAAAUAGGCAUUCGCAUAAUAGACACAGCUCAAUGGAUUAUGAGAAGCAAAGUAGGCAUUCACAUAAUAGAUAUAGCCCAAUGUAUCCAGAUAAACAUAGUAGGCAUUCACAUAAUAGACAAAGCCCGAUGUAUCCAGAUGAACAAAAUAGUCAUUCGCAUAAAAGGAAACGCUCAAUGGAUUAUGACAAACAUAGUAGGUAUUCACAUAAUAGACAAAGCCCAGCGUAUGAAGAUGAACAAAAUACGCAUUCGCAUAAAAGGAAACGCUCAGGGCAUUCAGGAAUUGAGAUGCUGAAAAAAGGUGUUGUUGUUUUGAAGCGUGCUUUUGGUCUCGGUCAAUCGGCACCAACUCCAACUGAACAAACAGCAGCAGUUAUCAACGUAGAACCAUUAAAAUAUGAUUAUAUACAUCAGGUCAAUCUAACAAUGUAUAAUGAAAUGGAACAUAGUCCAAAUGAAAAAUCAAAUAUAUUAUGUUUACCAAUAUUCUUUAAUAAAAUUUUACAAGAGACAAGAGCAAUAGUUGAGGGGAACAGUACAAUUCGUCGACCAGUUGAAGUAGAUUUAACACAAAAAAUUGUAGGUUUAAUUAACACAAUUAUAAAUGAAAUAAAUCUUGAAUUACUUGUAUUCAAAUUGUCAUUAUCUAAGCAGACAAAAUCAUACAUCCAUACUUUCAUUAUAAUAUUAUUAACAAUGUUUUAUUAUGAUGAACAAAAACAUCACUUUAAUCAACAAAUUUUGACAUUAAAUAAAGAAAAGCCAUCACUAUUAACUUAUUUCAUUAGUAUGGUUGUACCAGAUGCACAAUGUGAUAACGAAGGAGCUGAAAUUUUUGCAAAUAGGGUGAAAAAUGCUGUACAAUCGAGUUUAGUGCGUGAUGCGCAAAUUAUAAUAACGCGUAUCAUUGAAACACAACAACAUUUAAAUCGAAAACAAAUUCAAAUAAUUUGUGAUGGGAAAUUACAUGCAGCAGCAAAUGAUGACGAUUGGUUAUUUCGUUAUAUUGAUGCGCCAACGGAUAUCAUCACAGAAGAAUUCCAGAUAUUAUGGAAAGAAGUUGAAAAAACAAUUAAUCAACAAUUAGAACAAGAAAAAAAUCAAUGGAAAAAUAUUUUAAUUGAGUUUUUUAAUCGUAUUGAAUUUAUGAUGUCUUCUCUUGCAAAUGAGGGUUCAUCUGUACAAUAUAUUGAUGAUAUAUUCUUAGCAUCAGGUGGCAUUGCUGCAGAUAAUUUAACAAAUAAAGGUCAAUGUAUGGUUUUAUUACUGUAUGCUUAUUUAUCUGGUAACAGAAUACAGCCAGGAACAUCAUAUACUGUAUUUAACGAGAAUUAUACAUUGAAAGCAAAAGGACUAAGAUUGUUUGAAAAAUUACCAAUACCAAGUAAACAAUUAGCCGGUCUGAUUAAUGGAAUGAAAGAUAUUGAUAACUCUAAUAGUAAUCGAACGACAGUCGCUUCAAUAAAAAAUUUGCAUGUCUUCCUUCAAAGUAUUAUAGAUGCUAAAAAAACAAUUGAAGAUACGUACGAUGAAACUCCAACUAGAUUUGAAGCCUAUGAUAAAGAUCAAAUUUAUAACAAAUUAUUGGAUAAAGUACGUGGGUGUACCUCAAAAUGCCCGUGUUGCCAACGACCCUGUGACGUGGAUCAUACUUUAAUCAAAUCUAAUGCAGGUAUUGUCGCGUGA